AUGAGUGUUAUUGUUUCUGCCAAGAAGAAGUUGCUCGUAAAGGAGCUUCUUCAGGGGAAGGAAUAUGCUACUCAGCUGAAGUUUCUGCUUAAGAAUCGUGUUGGUUUAGGGUCUGAUGGGUCUGCUUCGGUUAAGGAACUGGUGGAUAAUUUGCUGAGAUCUUUCUCUGAGACUAUUUCUGUGAUGACUUCUGAAGGUUGUAAUUUUGAUGAGGUAGUGAAUAAGUCUGAGGAAAAUGGUUCAUUGGUGUCAGGUUCAUGUAAUGAUGAUGUGAAAUCUGAAGAUUCUAGUGAGAGUAAGAAGAGGUUGUUGCCUAACACAAAAGAUCGAAGAGGUUCCUACAAAAGAAGGAAGACUGAUGAGACAAGAACCGUAGUUUCUAAAACAACUGGUGACAUUCAUUCCUGGAGAAAGUACGGACAGAAGGAAAUCCUCAAUUCUCAAUUUCCUAGGAGCUACUUCAGAUGUACCCGGAAGCAUGAUCAAGGUUGCAAAGCAACCAAACAAGUACAAUUGAUACAAGAGAAUCCAGAAACGUACCAAAUUACCUACAUUGGAUUUCACACAUGCAAUGCCACUCUACAUACUCCACAAAUGGUCACAUUUUCUGCAGAUACAAAUUGGGACACAUUUCUUGUGAAUUCUCAACCUUGCUCAAAGGAAGUUCUAACAAAUUAUAAUCAGCAAGAUUCCCCUAUUGUUACCUCAGAAAGACCAAUUGUGAAACAAGAAUAUCCGAACAAUGACGAGGGUACUACUACUCCGAGGAGUGAUCUCACCGACGAUUUAUUCGAUGCUAACUUGUGGUCUGAUUUUAAGGAUUUUGAACUAUCCAAGCCAGAUACUAGUUUGUAUUCAUGUAGUGAAUCUCAAAAUCUUGAAAUUGGUUUUGGGGUGUUUUCUGAUUUCAGCAAUGAUUUAGUGUAUUUUGAUGAAAGGCAUUUGCUAUAA